AUGGAUCCAGAAGUGUGCAAAACUGUUACGGAUAUACAAGUUGGAGAAGUUUAUCAAGUCAUGAGACCUUCUGGUCACUACUAUCCUGCCGCUGUAAUUGAAAGUCGGGCAAAUGGUGAUGGCAAUAAAGAAUAUUAUGUUCAUUAUUGUAACCAGGAUCGUAGGCUUGACGAAUGGGUCAUAGCUGGAAGAAUUGACUGUUCUGAAAAGCUUAAAAUUGCUGAAUCUAAUGACCGUUUAACAGCGGAUUCCGUUGAGCUUGACGUUUGGUUUACUAGGAAUCGGAAACGCAAGUUAAAAGAAACUGCUAAACUUCUUCAGGAAGGUGAUUCCAUCGAUUCAGCUACACAAAAAUUAGAACUUGAGCAUCAAGAAUUUACACGAGUGAAAUUCAUUGAUCAGAUACAAUUUGGCAAAUAUGAAAUUGAUACAUGGUAUUUUUCACCAUAUCCUGAAGAGUGUAGGCAGGUUAAAAAAUUAUGGAUAUGUGAAUAUUGUUUAAAAUAUAUGAAAUGUUCUGAGACUUGGCUGAAACACAUACAGCAUAGUUGUAAAGUGAAACAACCACCUGACGGAAAUUUACAAAAGCUCUAUUGUCAAAACUUAUGCCUACUGGCCAAGUUAUUUUUGGAUCAUAAAACAUUAUAUUAUGAUGUUUCACCGUUUGUAUUCUACGUCCUCUGUGAGACUGAUAAUGCUGGCAUACAUCUUGUUGGUUACUUUUCCAAGGAGAAAGUUUCCGCUGACAACUAUAAUCUAGCGUGUAUCUUAACUUUACCACCAUUUCAAAGACGUGGUUAUGGUCAUUUUUUAAUAAGUCUCAAACAUCCGAAUUGUACCAUGAAUGAGUUGAGUACAAAAACGUGUAUUAGUAUCGAUGAUAUAAUCUGGACACUGCAAAAUCAUCCAAUUAUUUGGAAUUGGCAACAUGGUCAUCAUAUACAUAUACAUCGUGAAACUGUACGACAAUAUCUUGAACAGUUAAAUGAACAUUCUGCUAAUUCUUGCCAUACAGACAGUUAUGUUGGUGAUAGUAGUAAUAAUAAUAAAAAUGAAGGUCAGCGUAAUAAUGGCAAAGGUAAACGUCGUAAAGUACAGAAAAGCUCUUAUAUACUUGAUAUUAGUCGUUUGAAAUGGAAUCCAUCAGUCAAGUCAAAGAAUAAAGAAGUGAAAUGUAACUGAUCUGAUCGAUUGUAUGUAUAUAAAGGCAGUGACUGCGAUUGAGUUUUUCAUAUAUCGUUUUGUU